AUGCCUGACAAUGUUGAUAAUGACAAAAAUGAUAACAUUGAUGAUGAAUUUCCUAAGGAAAACGAUACUAGGGAAGAUGUUGAUGAUAAAUCUGUUAAAGAAAAUGAUACUAACGAAGAUGUAGAUGGUUUAAUUCAUAAUAGGUCCAUUCCCUUCAACAUCUAUGAUCCAAGAACUUGGGAUAAUCUUGAUAUAAAAUAUAGAGAUUUGCUAGUGGUAAAUGGUCCUCCAAGAGACCUGUCACUAGAACAGGGUCCAAAAGAUAAUUUGUCUAGAUGUUUCUCUGCGAGCCAUUACACUCGUUAUUUAUCAAAUGGACUUAAUGACUGGGUACAUCUCGGCGUCAGGCUUAAAGAACAUGAAAUGAGUAGUGUGCAUAUCAAUAACAUGGCUACUUGGAUUGAUUUACGUGCUAGACUGAACAAAGAUGAAACAAUUGAUAUAGAAAUUCAAAAACAAAUUAGAAAAGAGAAACAACAUUGGAAGGAAGUACUACAAAGAAUAAUUUAUGUCGUGCAAUACCUAGCUAAAAAAUGUUUGGCUUUUCGUGGAACUAAUGAGAGACCUCUUGAGGAUAGUAACGGGAAUUUCUUAGGACUAAUUGAAAUGAUUGCAAAGUGGGAUCCUAUCAUGAAGGAACAUAUGCGGCGUAUUGAAAGUAAUGAAAUUCAAUAUCAUUAUCUUUCACAUAAAAUUCAAAAUGAGUUGGUAGCUUCUUUUGCUUCUAAAAUCAAAAGCACAAUUAUUAAGAAAAUCAAAGAAGCAAAAUACUUUUCUGUGAUACUUGAUCGUACUCCGGAUGCAAGUCAUCAAGAACAAAUGUCCUUGAUCUUAAGAUGUGCUCUUAAUCUUGGCAUUAAUGAUGUAAAAGGACAAGGAUAUGAUAAUGGAUCUAACAUGAAAGCAUUGUGUGUUAUGGCAAACUCUUGUGUUAAAGCAAAAGAUUUUUUUGGUGCUGUACAAGCCACUAUCAGCUACACGAUGGAAAGUCAUGUUGAAGCUAUUAAAGCAAUUAGAUUCCAAGCUCCUGAAUUAAGAGAAGCUUUACUUGAAGUCGCUAAAAUUGAAAAUGACAAUGAUGUAAGGUGUCAGGCUAAAGCUUUGGCAACCCUUUAUGUCGGAAAUUUUGAGUUUUUAGUAGUUAUGAUCAUAUGGGAAUCUGGAUUCAAUGAUGUGAUAAAUAUUGCUAAAGAAAUUGCCAUUGUAAUGAAAAUUGAUCAUUUAUUUCAAGUGAAACGUAUAAUUCGUAGGAAGAAACAUUUUGAUGAAAAUACUACUAUAGAAGAUGCACAAUCACCUGAAGAUUCUUUCAGAACAAAUUAUUUCUUUUAUAUAAUAGAUCAAGCAAUUGGAUCACUUGAAUGA